AUGGACGCAAAACAUGCGGCCAAAGCGCAAGAAGCUGGAAUAUCACCGCCAGUCUCGCCACCCGACAGCGUUAUCGUAGAGGACGAGCCCAAACCCGCAGUUUCCAAAAAAUGCUUUUGCAUGAUUGUUUUUCUUGUUCUUGUUGGUGGAGUUGUCGGAAUUCUGACGAUUUUGAAAAGGGAAAAGAUGGAGAAAGAACUUGCGUUAGCAACUUCUACAACAGUCGCUCCUACUACCAUCGCCAUCUCAAAACUGAAAGAUGAUGACGAGGUGCUCAAGAGGUGCCAGAAGAAAUACACGGCGAAAUUGGGCAAAGACUCGAUUGGACUCAUCAAAACUGGCGUCAACGAUGAUUCUGGCAAGGAGCUUAAAAAAGGUGCCUUCUGGCUGCGCGGCGAUCCCGUCCAAGAUCAGGCUACCUUCAAGGACAUCAAAGUAAUGGCGUGUCGUGGGCAGAUUCCGACGGUUAUUAUUUCCAUGCGGCCAGCUGGGUACAAGCUCAUUUUGAAUCAAGAUGACCUGAACUUUUAUGAUGGGGAGCCGAUUCACGAGGACUGGGAGAGCUACGACGAGAGACUCAACGUGUACAAAAAGCAACUUUUGGACAUUCCAUCUCUGGUCAUUCUCGAGCCAAAACUGCUCCAACUUACCUUCGACGAAAUCAACCAACAAUACAACUACGAGAACGGAAUCUAUCUCGACGAGUUUCUCCGCCGAGCUCAAAUGAUGACAAACGCUCUCAAGAAAUCGUGGGUGUACCUCGACGCUGGCGAUCCAGUCUGGCUCUCGGUCGAUGCUCACCUUGAAUUUGCUUCGAUGACGUUAGUCCGACUCCAGGGUCUUCGCGGUUUCGCCAUCAACACCGCCUUCUACUCAAAUUCAACUACGGUCGAGCUCUUCGCCCGCCAGCUCUCCUGCGCGACGAAUCUUCACUACAUCAUGGAUACGGGGAGAAAUGGCGGCGCGUUUUCGCAGAAGAGCACGCUCGAAGAAGCCGCUGAGUGCCGAUUCGACCCUCCGAAUAUUAAGAAAUCCAACAAUCCUGGAUGGGGCUUUGCUUCGAAGAAACCCGUGGACGCUCGUGGCAGAAGACGUCGCAGAAGUGCCAUGUCACGUGGCCGCCGCGGUCUGUACUCGACUGAUUUCGGGGUUCAGCAGCAGGUGAGCCGCGGCUGGUCAAGCCAAGGCCCUUUCCUCAACGCAAAUGUAAGGAAUACCCUUGCUAAUGCCCCGAUGGACGGAAUGCCACAGCUCAAAAUGGCGAACGGAUUCGGCGCUGGUGGAAAUGCUGGGCUUCCUUCGCGAACCUCUUCUGGGAAAAUCAGGGCGAUUCACAAAGCUCCUCGUGGCAACCCAGGUCUUGCUGGUCCAGGCCCCAAGGCUCCAAAAGGAAGUGGCAAGUCCGGGAAUGGCUUACUCGAUCGAGAAACAGCUGAAGGAAUCAUGAAAUCGAUCAGCAUGAAAAACAACCGAAUGCGUUGCAAGUCAAAAUCGUCGAAAAUGAACUACCACGACGCUUAUUUCUGGGCACGUGCGCCGGGAGAAUCAGAUGGGCGUCUCUUCCCCGCUGGAAGUGUGCACAAAUGUCUUCUUAAUCACAAGCUUACGUGCGAUGGAAGUUGCCCGCUUAUAACCUCCGUGCCGUGCACCUGUUCUGGAGCGCCGCCCAUCCAACAGCAGCAAAACUGGGGCCAUCAGCAAAACUGGGGAUACCAGCCCAAUUACAUCCCCCAGCCGCAGCCGCAGCUCAACCCCUGGAACCCGCGAACGUGGGGCUAA